AUGUCAUCAAAGGUCCUCAUGUCCUCGAUUCUCCCAUCAUCAUUCAAGCAAACAAUGCGGCAUUGUCUGAUGAAAUCCCAAAGACGUUUGCGAACUAAGGAAUUGAAGACUUUGUCGAAUAUGUCAAGAGUUGUCCUCUUCGAUAUGCUUUCUGCAACUUCCCAUAUCCAUCCUACCCUAAACAGGUAUGUGAGUUCUACUAUUCAAGCUCUAUUGAUACUGAUACUUGAACCAUUACUGGAGCCAUUGGAGAUGGUCAAUAUAGGGAUAGUAUUGAUGUGGAAUCCUUUCGAAUUACUCUCCGUCUUCCUCGAUUAG